AUGUCGGAAAGUAAAACACCAGAAUCGAAAGCCAAAGUGCCUGAGACAAAGACCAAUACAUCCUCUAAGGCAGGAUUAGAUAAAGAGAAGUUGGCUACUGCUGUGAGAUCACUUCAAUUUGCUUGGUUUGUUGGACAUGUCGUCACACUAUUGAGUAUUUUCUUCUAUCUGUUAACUUAUGUGAAGCUUGGCAAGUAUCCAAGGUUUUGGUAUCAGUUAGCACUAAUUGGAAUUGUCGAAAGCUUCGGCAUUUUAAUCUAUCAAUUGAGCAAAAAGACGACAAGUUUUGGCACCUUGAUUAGAGAUGAUAAUGUUCAAUACUUCUUCUUGGGCGUUGGAUUAUUGGUUACCAGACCCUAUGUGUUAUUAACCUUGUUGCCUUUUGCAUUGUUUUCUGUAUUUCAUGUAUUAGCAUAUACAAAAGCAUACUUGCUACCAGUUGCCAGGCUCGAUGAGCACCCAAUUUCUACUAAAGUUGGCGACUUUAUUUCCAAAAAUAACGUCAAGUCAGUCCAAUUGGCUGCGGUUUUAGAGAACUUCACGUUAGUCUGGUUAUUUUUACGUAUUGUUACGUUUAGGAAGAGAUCUUUAUUGCCCUUCAUACUCUACGCGCUAUUCGUGAAGGUUAGAUUUGAGAAGUCGUCUUUUACUAGGAAUCAUAUUAAAUCAAUUGAGGUUUUCAUCGACAACACAGUUAACAAAUCUGAUGUCCCUGCCAUUAAGCAGACAUGGAUUACAGCCAAGGGUGUCUUCAGAAGAAUAGGUUCUUUCCACUUGGUUAAUGAUUAUACUAAAGAGAAGCUGACUUAG